AUUACACACUGUUAUAUUGUCUCACUUGCCCUUAUGGGUUGAAUGAGAUAACUCAUUGCAAUGUUCGUUUCGCAUUCUCCCUUCAAUUUCGAUCCGAACUCAAUCCCAACCUCAAAAUAUGCCUGUUUUGACUUACGGAUUGCCUUUUAUCCGUUUCAAAUCGUCUUUAUCUAUGGGUUGGCUUAUAAACGGUAGUACGGGCCUGGUAUUGCGCCCGUUUUUAUAGUUGGUCGUCCUGGUUACCAACCCAUAGUCAGGGUUGCCAAUGCCGUGCAACGAAUCACUGGGCUAGUUCCUUUAUUACUUGGUUGUUGAACGGCGUUGCCAGGUGUGCACCCCAGACUCUUAUUCAAAAAAUAUGUCUAGAAGGAGCUCAAGUGAUGUUCUGGAACUGUUUAGCCAGAAAACCUGGAUGAAAGUGUGUGCCCCCAUGGUCCGUUAUAGUAAAUUACAGUUUCGCAACUUAGUCAAACGAUACGAUUGCGAUUUAGUGUUUACUCCGAUGAUAUUGGCUGAUUCUUUUUGUAAAAGUGCCAAAGCCCGCGAUAGUGAGUUUACCACCAAUCUGUUCGAUACCCCCUUGAUAACACAGUUUGCCGCCAAUACAGUGCAUGAUUUUGUGGGGGCCAGUUACAUGGUGGCCCCUUUUUGUGAUGGAGUUGACUUGAACUGUGGAUGCCCUCAGCGAUGGGCACGCGAGAUGAACCUGGGCUGCAGCUUGCUGAAAAGCCCCCAAAAAAUCUUCGAACUGGUCAAAGAGUGCAGGAAUAGAAUCUCCAAGCCGUUUACUAUAAGUGUCAAGUUGCGGAUCGAAGAGAACAUACAAGAAACGAUUAAAGUUUGCCAGGGGCUGGAGCAUUGCGGAGUCAGUUUUAUCACUGUUCACUCAAGGACUCCCUGUAACAAUACGGGGCCUAUUAAUGAAGAUGCAUUGAAGAUACUGAGUCAAACUGUAAAAGUCCCAUUAAUUGGAAAUGGAGGCGUUAAUAGCCUAGAUGAUGCAGUGGGCCUUCAGGAGAGAACAGGCGUUAAAGGGGUGAUGGUGGCUAACGCAAUUUUAACCAAUCCAGCUAUUUUCAAAGGGGAAAAAGUCACUACUAGGCAGUGUGUCCAGGAUUGGCUGGAUAUAUGCUAUAACAGCACCCUAACAAUGGAAGAACAUGAAAGAACAGUCGCCAAAGAUGAAGCAAAUCAAUGCUACGCCAUCAGCGAAAAACCAAGCAGUUUAACAUUUCAGUGCUUUCACCACCACUUGGUUUUCAUGCUCGAGAAGAUACUAAACAAGAAGGAGCGCCAAGUUUUCAACAAUUUGAAGCAAUUUAGUACUGUUCAGGAGUUCCUAGCGCAACAUCUAGGUAUUCGCCCGAAGCUCUUCGGCAGAGAACACUUUGUUCAGUCACUACCAUUGAACAUCCACACUGAAUCCCGCGAUUUCUUAUAUAACGAGCUGAAACCACCUGAGGAAAGCGUCUGUACUGAAUAUGAUUUUCUUUACGAUUCAAGCAAGUCCAACGGGAAAUUCUUUGAGGGAAAACUCACUGAUGAAAUAAAUGAAGAUUGUGACUGGACAGACAUGUUUUACGAAAACGAUUAGCUCCAGUAGAAGAGGAAACUAGGAGGAACAAUAGACGGGCUUGAUCGCCGAAAUUUGGUUGUCUGUUUGAUACAGUUGUCUUUGUAUUGUGGAGUUAAGCAAGAGAUUAUCUUGUAUGUAUCAAGGCAAUAAAGCGAACGUUUUUCACGGAAA